UGACGUCAGCAGGAUGGAGCCGUCCACUAGCAUCUGCUACUUUGUCUGUCCGGUUAGGAGAGAAUUCGUCGAAGAUACAGAACUGAGGAGAAAUAUGCAAUUUGAGGACAAGUUUUGCACCAUAUUGAUGUGGCAUCUGCGCCACGCAAAUUAUCCUUAUUUAUGCGUUGGCGUCAGGAGAUGGAGACGGCAUCAUAAAAUUGUCAACUUUUUGUAUUUAAAAUCGCGAAAGUUGGCGAUUUUGUUUUGCUUUUGCGGUGCCUGUCUCUUAUUGUCGGUUGCGUUGAAGGAUUUACGUGCGUGGCGUCAGGAGUAUGGAAUCGCAUAUCUGUAUCUGCUUGUUUGCCUGGUUUUCGGAAAAUAAUUGGACGUACGAUACUGCGGAAAAUUAUGCAUUUUGGGGACGGAUUUUGUGGCUUAUAAGUGUGGUGUCAGCUCCGCGCUAGUGAUCCUUGAUGAUGCAGUGGCAUCAAGAGGUGGAGACGGCGUCGUAAAAAUGUAAAUUUUUUGUGUUUAUAAUCGCGAUAGCUGCCGAUUUUGUUUUUCUUUUGCGGAGACCGCCUCUUCUUGUUUGUUGCAUUGGAUUACCAGUUGGCUGUAGUCAAGGAGGUAAGAGCAAUAUUUGAUUGUUUUGUUUAAUUGUUUAUUGGUUAAUUGUUUUGCUUUUAGGUUUUAGCGUCAACUAAUGUAGGCGCUCGUCGUUCUGGAUCAGCCCGUCUAUUGCAGCGCAGCAUGCAUGUAGAUUGCAUCGGUGAUAAGGGAUACUAAUCGGGACCGUGUGGCAAGAAUGUUCAGGUAAGUGACGUUGUGCAUAAAUUGCUGCAGCGAGUCGCCUUUUAUUCAUCAUGUUUCUGCCACACUAAUCCUUUUCAUAUCGAUCUACCGCUUCAUCUUAUAGGACUUGUUUGUAUUUUUCCGUAUCUUUCAUCAGUAUCAGCUGGAGUGCGUUUUCGUAAGCUUGAUUAUCCGGAUGCUUUGAGGUGUGAGUAUUGAUUCUAUUGUUUAUAUUUUAAUGCCAUUAUCUAAUUGAGUUUGUAUUCUAAGAAAAUUAGGCUGCGUCGAGGAAGGAGAUGACCGUGCAGGAGUUUGGGAGCAGAUUGACGUGCGCUUUUCCAUCGGAUAUAGAUGUCGUUAGAAUAAGUAUAAGUAGAUGUAGGAUUAAUUGGAAGUUUCCAUGUCAAGAUUGUUAACUCUUCCUUGUAUGAUUAAGGCCAAUAAACUGUCAAUUUUCUUUUCUAAA